CCUAAGCACCAUCAACCAAUUCUCUCUACUUUUCUCUAUUCUCCUGUUGAUAAUCAAUCUCAGUCUCUAUCUUUAGAUUGCUCUUCCUCUCUCUCUCUAGAAUGGCCCGCCCAAGCUUUGUGCUCGUUGCUUUGAUGGCUGCAUUGCUUGUAGCCUCAACCACAGCCCAAUCGCCAUCGCCGUCUCUUUCUCCGGCGCAAGCGCCUCGUAAGGUUUCUCCGUCGCCGUCUCCGUCGACAACCGCUGCUCCUUCACCAUCGGUGACCACUCCCCCGGCAACUGCUCCGUCUCCUUCCGACGUUGUGAGCUCUCCUCCUUCUCCUACGCCGGCGUCCUCUGAUGUUCCGGCGGCUACUCCGUCGUCCAUCUCCGGGCCGUCAUCGGAGGUCCCUGCUCCUGCUGAGAACGCUGCCGCUACCGCUGCAUUUUCCGUAGCCGGAUCGGUCGCCGUCGCCGUUCUCGUAUCGGUUUUCGUGAUGUAGAGAGUUUAUGAUUGCUCGAUCGGAGUUUUUUCUUUGGCGAUUCGUUAUUUUGUGGGAUUCAUUGUUGUUGAUAGACAAUAUAUUACUUUUUAAUUAUUAAUUUUUUAUUACAUUAUAUUUUGUAUUGAUUCAA